CCAUAACCGGCACAAUAAAACAAGCCCAAAAAAUUGUUGUAGAGCGGAUAAAUUACAAUUACACGGACCGGCGCCCCUCUCCUCCCGAUUCCCGACACAUUUCUCGAGUUUCCUCUUAUCCUCGGGUGAUUUGUUAAGUUAUUGAUCAGAACUGCAUGUGUCGCGGCAGCUACAAAUAUACACAUAUACCGCAUGCUGUGUACGUAUAUAUAUUGUAUUGUAUAUAGAUCUGCGUUCAUCCUUUUUAUGGUCGGGUGGAUUUUUUCUGACCGACGACGAUUAUUUUCAUUCCUGGUUUGUGGGCGAUUAAAAGGGCGGGAUCACAUGCCGUAAAACGGGAGAAUACCGUUUUACUGGUUUUUUAUAUGACGCAUUUCCGUUUGUCCGAGUUGCAACCAGCCGGCAUUCUUGGGAACGGAGUUGCCGUGGCGAGUGGGCUGCAUGCCGCGCUGACGUCUUUUAGCUGCCGACUGGGAUAUCAGUGGGUCUUUUAUGUUGAUCCCGAAAUUCGGCAUUACCAGCAGUGACUGAUAAUUAAUUGUCAACGUUGUUGAAGUUUCGAUAUCCGUUUCGUAUUUGCAGACAUUUGAUUUCCGUUUUCAACCAUCCUUCCGGUGCAUUGUACAUUUAUCGUUGUAUUCGUUAAGGGGAAUAAUAAUGUGCCUGUUUCCUUGCAACUGGAAUGCAAGCAGAUGGCAAAAUAUUCCUGCCAAACGUCCACAAAAGUUAUAAUGCUUUUCGGUCUUAUACAGAAAAUGCUGCAUUAUAUUUCGAUAAUACAUCGAACUGUGCCGAAUUGCCGAUUAAAUGUUAACUGUUUUAUAAUAGCGCGGUGAACUGCCUUUUGCGGCUAUACCUAUCUAUCUGUUUUGCAGUUGACCUUUCAAAAUCUCCAUGCCACCCGUAGAAGUGACUGUCCAACCGCCUUUAUAAUGCAAAAUUGUACUUUUACGAUUCCUUUUGUCAGAUCAACGCUAGCACUACGAUGUACAUACGAUUUUUAUAAAUAAACCUAUUGUGGAUUUUUAUCUCAAAUAUGCACAAGCACAAGUAUUUGCAAGCACCUUUGUUCCUUUUUUUAUUGUCUGUUCCGUUUGGAUGCACGGCACCUGAAAGGAUUCCGAUAGGAUUUGUCGUUAAACAACCGGCACAAUCCAUUUUAACGGCUUUUCGUUAUGCAAUAAGCCAACACAAUAGUAACCAAAAUCCUAUGGGAUUCAAGCUGGAUCCCAGAAUCGACAUUUUGGACACCGACGAUGUACUAAGCGUUGGACGUGUUGUAUGCCAACAAAUGAAGAAGGGAAUAUUCGCCAUGAUGGGAUUAACACAGACCACUCUAUAUUCCACACUGAACAGCUACAGCCAGUCCUUCCACAUGCCGUAUAUCAAUUUAAAUUUCAUGCCCAACCAAACAUCUUUGAUGAAAGCCGCAUCAAUUGCCCCAUCAAACAGCAAUUUCCAUCUUAAUCUUCGCCCGUUCCAUGCGGCAGCUUUGGUUGAUCUUAUUCGUCAUUACGAUUGGAAGGAUCUCAUUUAUUUGUACGAUGAAGACGAAGGAUCCUAUUUAAUGCAGUCUGUGAUUCACACCUUCACUCAAUCAAAAAUUGAUGUACGGGUGCAGCGAAUUGCCAGUGCCGAGGAAGGUCAUUUUUAUUUAAAAUCGGUGGACUUUUUGGUGCAUACAAUGAAGAAACAUGUUAUUCUUGACAUGUCCGUAAGUAAAGCUCAGGCACUCAUCACCCUCAACCUGGAAGACAAGGCUAUGAUGAGGAAGCAGUACCACUACGUAAUGGCUCAAUUGGGAGUUGAAGAAUAUAAUUUCGAGCACCUGAAGUUUACCGGUGUCAACUUAACAGCUUUCACACUUAUGGAUUUGGAGAAUGACAAGUACAAACAAAUAGCUCUGGAAUGGGCGCAACUUGAUCCGGACGCCGGAUGGCUAGGUGCUGGAGGACCGUUAACGACAGACGCUGCGUUGCAGCUGGAUGCCAUGGCCCUUUGGGUCACUAUGCUGAAUAGGUUGUUCAGAGAAAAACCCAACAUCUUCCAGAAUAACUUCCGUCGUGGCGAGCUGUUUAAUAAUGGUUCAAGAGGACUUGAUUGCACGAAGUACCCUUCGGAGCAUUGGGAACAUGGCAGACUUCUGAUGCAGACGUUGAAGAGUACCAAGUAUCGCGGUUUGACUGGGGAUUUAAUAUUUGACGCCAGCGGCGACCGGCGGAAUUACACUCUCAACUUGGUGGAAAUGACCUUUAACAGAAAAGUCUUGAUUGGGACAUGGAGUGAACAAGAAGGUCUGUUGGUUACAAGGAGAUUCCAAACGGUCGACGUGAUACUGCCUCCAAAAGGAGAUGUCCUUUUAACCGUGACCAGCAUUAUUGAAGAACCGUAUUUAAUGUGGAAGAAACCGAAGGAUGGCGAAGAACUGAAGGGAAACGCCCGAUUCGAAGGUUUCUGUGUGGACCUUCUCGAGAAAAUUGCGCGUCUGGCUAAUUUCACCUAUGAAAUCAAACUGGUCAAUGAUUCCUUAUACGGAAGAAUCGACUCCCAAGGAAACUGGAACGGGAUGAUUGGUGAACUUAUCCGAAAAGAGGCCGAUUUAGUCGUUGCACCGCUUACCAUAACUUCCCAGCGAGAAAAAUACGUUGAUUUUACAAAACCUUUUAUGACGGUUGGGAUUGGCAUCAUGAUAAAAAAACCACUAAAAACCAAGCCUGGUGUCUUCAGCUUUAUGGAACCUUUAAGUUAUGACAUCUGGAUUUGUGUUAUUUUUGCCUAUAUUGGAGUGAGCGUUGUUCUCUUCCUUGUCAGCAGAUUUAGCCCUUAUGAAUGGCAUAUUGAAGAAACAUUCAAUGGACCAGUCGUGGUUAACGAGUUCUCAAUGUACAACACAUUGUGGUUUUCCCUGGGCGCAUUUAUGCAGCAAGGAGGACAUAUCUAUCCUAGGAACUAUGCUUUUAGAUCCAUUAGUGGCCGGUUAGCAGGCAGCGUAUGGUGGUUUUUUACACUGAUUAUCAUUUCCUCAUACACCGCCAAUUUGGCUGCCUUUUUGACGGUUGAACGAUUAUCAACGCCCAUCAAGAGUGCUGAUGACCUUUCCAAACAGCAGCAAAUUGAAUAUGGAAUGUAUAAGGGAGGAUCUACCUAUUCAUUUUUUAAUCAGAGUCAGGUGGAAAUUUACAAAAAAAUGUGGGACUUCAUGUCCAAAAGAGAACAUGUAUUUAUGCCUUCCAAUCAAGAAGGUUUUAUACGAGUGCGCAGAAUGAAAGGCAAAUAUGCUUUCCUGGCCGAAACUCCCGUAAUUGAAUAUGAAAACAACCGAAAACCAUGUGAUACAAUGAAGGUCGGCGAAGAUUUAGAUUCGAAAGGUUAUGGCAUCGCAACCCCGACUGGAUCAUUGUUGACCGAACGCUUAUCGCAAGCCAUUCUAUAUUUAAAGGAAGAUGGAACUUUAGCGAACAUGCAGAAAGAGUGGUGGGAAUUAAAGCGUGAUCGGUGCCAGGCCGAAGCCGAAAGCCAGGAUACCAAUGAGCUUCAGUUAAACAACGUGGCGGGAUGCUUUUACAUUCUUAUUAUCGGACUGAUUCUUUCAAUGAUAUCAGCGGUUCUUGAGUUCUUAUACAAAGCCCAAAAAGAUGCUCGUAAACACGCUGUGCCAAUAAAACGAGCUGUGAAAGCAAAGGCCAAGUUCUCGGUUCAAGGCGGUACUUUCAAAGAUCCCAAACAGUUAUGCCUUGGCCCAUGUGAUCCCCAUAUGGUUUCGGAUGGAUUAAAAGAAGCUAUUUUUCGCAAAAGUCAUACACAAGUGUAAUCGAAUAACAGUUUGUUUUUUGUGCCAUUCUGUGUUCAGUAGUCGGGUUUUAAACAAUGUGUUCAACCUAC